GGAAUGUCAAGGGUUUCCUGGCCCUGGCUCUCAAGAUUAUCUUAACACAGUUGUGAAUCCUAUCAGUGAGCUGCUCUGUGAUUCUGGUGAAAUUGAUCAACAGUUUGAGAACUUUAAAUCAAUUCAUGGCAAGUCAUAUGAUGAUUCCAAAGAACAUGAAAGCAGGAAGGCAAAUUUUAAGCAUAACUUUAGAUUCAUCCAUUCUACUAAUCGUCAAGGUAAAACUUUCAAGCUGUCAGUGAAUCAUUUGACAGAUACUACCCAAGAUGAGAGAAGGCGCAUGCGUGGCUAUCGUUACACUGGCCCUAACAAUGGCCUGCCAUUUACAAUAACAAAGGAGAUGGUGCAAGAUUUGCCUGCAUCACUAAACUGGCGACUAAUGGGUGCUGUGACUCCUGUGAAGGAUCAAGGUAUUUGUGGUAGUUGCUGGAGUUUUGGUACAGCAGAGUCAAUUGAGGGAGCUUUAUUUCUUUAUCACAAUCGUACCAUGCUGGUUGAAUUGUCACAACAGAACCUGAUGGACUGCACGUGGGGAUAUGGCAACAUUGGUUGCGAUGGUGGAGAGGAAUGGAGAGCAUAUGAGUGGAUUAUGGCUAAUGGAGGAAUUGCAACUGCUGCGUCAUAUGGUCCAUAUCUAAUGGCUGAUGGUAAAUGUCACUUUGAGGUGGGCACAGUGAUUGGAGCAGAGAUUUCAAGCUAUGUGAAUGUCACCAGUGGUAAUUCAACUGCAUUGAAAGCAGCCCUUGUUCACUAUGGACCAGUAGCUGUUAACAUCGAUGCAUCUCACGAGACAUUCUCAUUUUAUUCAAGUGGUGUUUAUUUUGAUCCAAAUUGCAAAAAUGGAUAUGCUGACCUUGACCAUGCUGUGUUGGCUGUUGGCUAUGGAACUUUGUAUGGAGAGGACUACUGGCUGAUCAAGAAUUCCUGGUCUAAUCACUGGGGUGACUCUGGUUAUGUGCUCAUGUCGAUGAAGGAUAACAACUGUGGGGUUACUACUAACCCUACAUAUGUGAACAUUAAGGAGGUUUAAAAAUGUGUAUGUGACUGUUUGUGAUGAUAAAUUGCUGUGAUCCCUCUAUAAUGUAUGGUCGGCAGGCUUGAUUGCAAUGAGUCAUAGUAACUGUGAUGAUUUGUUAGAGUUGUUUCUUGAUUAUAUAUGUAUAGUUGAUGGAUUAGUCAAUGCAUAAUACACAUGUGCAACAGCAAACA